CCACACCUGGGCGCGCAGGAGAGACCGCAUCCGCACCUGGGCAGCGCCGGCAGCCUCUGCCCCAUCCCGCCAGGAUGAGCGGCCGCGCCGGGGGAGCCGCGCCGGGCGCCGCGGGGCUCUGCCCCGGCCACGGAUGAGGUCUCUCCUGUGGACACUGAACUCCCAGCUGCCUGUGCCUGUUGCCUGUGAUGGAAGAGCUCGAUGUGAAUGUGAGUUCGAGUGAGGGCUUCGGCAUCGCGGAGAAGAUCGUGCUGCUCUCCUUCAUCUCCGCCGUCAUCCUCAUGGCCAUCCUGGGCAACCUGCUGGUCAUGGUGGCCGUGUGCCGGGACAGGCAGCUCAGGAAAAUCAAGACCAACUAUUUCAUUGUUUCGCUGGCCUUUGCUGACCUGCUGGUGUCGGUGCUGGUGAUGCCCUUUGGGGCCAUGGAGCUGGUUCAGGACAACUGGAUCUAUGGAGAGAUGUUCUGCCUGGUGCGGACCUCCCUGGACGUGCUGCUGACCACGGCGUCCAUCCUGCACCUCUGCUGCAUCUCCCUGGACAGGUACUAUGCCAUCUGCUGCCAGCCCCUGGUGUACAGGAACAAGAUGACCCCGCUGCGCAUCGCGCUGAUGCUGGGGGGCUGCUGGAUAAUCCCAACCUUCAUUUCCUUCCUCCCCAUCAUGCAAGGCUGGAAUAGCAUUGGCAUCAUUGACCUGAUCCAGCAGAGACAGUUCAACAAGGCCUCCAACUCCACCUACUGCAUCUUCAUGGUGAACAAGCCCUACGCCAUCACCUGCUCCGUGGUGGCCUUCUACAUCCCCUUCCUGCUGAUGGUGCUGGCCUACCACCGCAUCUACGUGACGGCGCGGGCGCACGCGCGGCAGAUCCGCCUGCUGCAGCGCGCGGGGAACCCGGCCGAGCCCCGCCAGGGCCCCCAGGAGCCACGGCAGCACCCCCCCGACCAGCACAGCACCCACCGCAUGAAAACCGAGACCAAAGCCGCCAAGACCCUGUGCAUCAUCAUGGGCUGCUUCUGCCUCUGCUGGGCCCCCUUCUUCGUCACCAACAUCGUGGAUCCCUUCAUUAACUACACGGUGCCCGGCAAGCUGUGGACGGCCUUCCUGUGGCUGGGCUACAUCAACUCGGGCUUGAACCCUUUCCUCUACGCCUUCCUCAACAAGGCUUUCAGACGUGCCUUCCUCAUCAUCCUGUGCUGCGGCGACGAGCGCUACCGAAGGCCUUCCAUCCUGGGCCAGACCGUGCCCUGCUCCACCACCACCAUCAACGGCUCCACGCACGUGCUGAGGUACACAGUUUUACACAACGGGCACCACCAGGAACAAGAGAAGCUUCCCAUCCACACCGACCUCGAAUCCCAAGAGUCCUGUUUCUAGUCCUGGCCCAGAAGAGGAGGAACAGAGGAUGGCCCAAGGAUUCACAGACAGCAGGACUUGAAAAUUCAUCCAUCUGCAUUGUCGUGGUGCCUCCUGCAGUGAAUUCCCAGGAAUGUCCAGCUGUGGGAGCUGGGUGGGGGCAUGGGGAGGGACAGGACUCUGUCCCUGCAGGAGCAGCUGGAGCCCUGCUCCAGGAGCGAGGCAUUCCUGGCAAAGCCAGGACCAAAACAGCUCCAAACCACCCAGCCAGGGGCUCCUGCUGCUCCUUUCCAGCUGCUCCUUUCCAGCUGCCCCCUGCUCAGCUCACAGCUGUGGGGUGGCACUGAACUGCUCCAUCCCUGCUGGCUCUGCCUGGAGCCCGGGCACUGCCAGGGGAGGAGCAGCCCCACGUUUUCUCCAGGAGAACAAGAGGAAAUGUUUGCUGCCCUUUGGUUGCAGCCCUGCUGCUGCUCCCCCCACCCUGCAGAGCUCUGGAAGAUCCUGGUGGUGUUUCCUGGCCGAGGAGGAUCCCAGGGUGUGCAGGAGCUCAGUGGGACCAGCAGGGCCGGCCCAGCUCAGAGCCAUGGCCCUGCUCUGCCAUUCCCAGUGGAUGGGACGUGCCCUGGAGCCCAGAGCUGUCCCCAUCCCUGCCCUGAGCUAACUUUGGGCAUUCUGAGGCAGCAGAAGCUUGGCCAGGAGCCAGAGCCAAUGGAUCACUAAGUG